CUGAAUUGAGCAAACACUUGUUUAGCAGCUUUUCUUGGAUCUGCUGUCACUUCUUCCAUCACAGUGUGACAAAUUGUUAUCAAGUACAUCUCAGAAAACUAACAUUGGUGUCAGAAAUAUCAGUAAAAUAAUCAUCUGACUUUGUGGUUUUGGUCGCUCUGUGCUUCCUUUUUUCUGUACGAAGAAAACAUUAAGGUUAUUGCCACAUUUAUCUGCCAUUACAGUCAGUGUGAGAGCUACAAUCAUUUUUCGCUACCUGCUCAGGGAGCUGAAGAUGAAGUUGCAGUGUUAGCCGAACAGUUACCACAGCAAACUGGGUCAGUCCUGUACACAAGAGAUCUGCAUUUCAUCCUGAAGAGGCGCGAACCAACCCUUACUUCAAACCAGAAAGAUGGCUUGUUAGGUUUACAAUAAGGUGAGAAACUCUAAUGUAUACGUGAUUAUGUCAUGAGGUUUAUUAAUCCUCUUGAAACACUGUUGAAGUUUACAGUAUCUGAAACUAGAUUAUAGUUUGCUGAUUUUGCUAAAGGAGCAAUCUGAGUGUGUAUCUGCUAUAAAGCGUGAGAUGCUGAAGCGAUAUGACCUCAAUUUCUGUAUCGUGUCUCUGGAUCACGAGAGGCUGACAAAUUACUGCAUUCUCUACCUAAAGGUCCUUUAAUAGAAAUAAAAAAAAAACAACAACAAAGAGACUGAGGCAGAAGGGAAGGUGAAACUGAAUGGAUCAACAAAUCCAGUUUGCAAAAGAUGGAGGGAUAAAGAAACUUUCUGGGUUCUUAUAGCACAAAUAUUAAACACAAGAGCUCAGUCAGCAUCUAACAAGCACUUUUUAAAUUUUCAAACACUGGAUUAUUGACUUUGAUUAUUUAACAUUUCAACACCUUUUGUCUGAUGGUGUUUUCCAUGAACUAUUUGACACUCUUCCUCAGUUUAUUUAAAGACACAUUCAACCACUUCCCUUUCUUAUCGCUUUCUUUAAGUCUACAUUUGUAGCAGAUGAUAAAGUGACAGUCCUUUCUGUCAAAUGGUCACCAUGUUCAACCUGAGGCAAGCAUCUCUUCUCUUCAUUCAGCUGUUAAAAAUGCAGAAUGUCUUUGAAGUAUCAGCGACUCAGUUGGAAGUACAUAAGAACAUGUCGGUGUCCUGCGGCGACCCGGUCAUGUUUAUUUGCAACAUAUCUGACAAUGCCACAACUCUAAUCGAGUGGAACAAUGACCGAUUUCAUUUUGCAUAUUCCACCUCAUUGAAUCAGACGUCCUCAAACUUUUCCUCUGAAAGAGUCAAAAUAGACUGUAAUAUAUCUUCCACGCUCAGCAUCUUUAAAGCUCAACAUGAUGAUUCUGGACUGUAUACAUGCACUGUAUCUGAUGGAGGAGGCAUUCAAAACAUGACAUGCAAUUUAACUGUAUCUAACAAACAAGGUGUUAAUUUCUCAAGAUACAUAUUUUUCAUUCUAUCACCUGCCAUUGGAUUGUUUAUAUGUUGCAUCACAUUAGUCGUUUGCCUCUGCAAAAAGAGUGGGAGAGGAAGGCAAGACCAAGGCCCAGUCUACAACCAGCACCAGCACCAGCACUCCCAGUCUCAACCAGAACCGAUCUACGAGCAAGUCAAUCUACCAGCUAAUUCAGACUGUUGGAGGAACGCCCAGCAGAGGAGGAUGUACAUUGAGAAACUGAAUUCAAUUUAUGACCCUCUCUGAGCUGAGAUAUAUUCCAGGUCUUUGAAGAAAGAAGGAAGAAAGAAAGAAAUGUUUGAUGGACAUUACCUGUUGUCUUUAUAAUCAGAAGAAAUACAAGAGGACAAGAAGCAGACCUCUCCCAGCAACAUGGUUGUCUUCAUAUUAAAUGGUUCAAAUCAGAAGGCACAAAAACAGCAACCAAGCAUGUUGUUGUUAGCAUUUUAAUGAGGGUUUGUUGCAUUGUCAGAGAUACUGCUUCAUUAAAUUUGUACUUCAUGGUCGGCAGGUCUGAACAGGUACAACUUAUGUGUGUUUUUAUAAGGAUAUUUUAGAUCCUGGUCGGCAGGUCUGAACAGGUACAACUUGUGUGAGUUUUUAUAAGGACAUUUUAGAUCCUUAUAAAAGGAACUAAAAUUCCUUUUAUAAGGAAUUUUAUUUUUUGUUUUGUUGUUUUUAAUAGGCUAUCCUGAGGCAUAAUAAAGUAAUAUGCAGGGAAUCCAUAAACUGCAGAGAAUGUUGUUGUUGUUGUGUAUUGUGUUUUUAUAUUGCCUACGAUUGAGUGUACUUUCAUUGAAAUUAUGACUUAUUUGAUAUAAUUUUGUUGUUUUCUUUGAUUAUAUAUAAAUGUAUGUAAGGGGCCAGUGUCACAUGUAAACUCACUGAGCAAAAUAUCCCUGUCAGGGCAAUAAAAAGCGGAUGGACUAAUGAAAGAGGACCAAACUAGCUGUUUGUUGUUUAGUAGGUAAAUAACUUUUGUAUUAUGAGAUUUUUGGAUGUGGUCCAUCGAUAAAGCAAAAAAUAAAUAAAUACAUAAAAAUAUUGAGGGGAUUUAUUAA